UAAUAUAUUUUGAAAGGAGAGUCUCUAACCCCUCUUCUUUUCUGGAUUACCACUAUUUUUAAGCGGUGUACAUGCUAUAAUACCACUACACUAUCAGUGGCAAUUCUAAGGGCGUCCCCUUUUCCACAGGAACAACGUGAACUACUUGACAAGCCUGGGUAUUGCAAUGGGUCCCUCUGUUCUCCAAUGUACGUCACUUCCGGUGAAAAAGCCACGAAAAAAAGCCAACUUUGAGGCCCGAAUAAACGAAUGCGUCAUCGAAGAAAGAAUGCGUCAACAGCGCGCCAUAAUUAAGCGUUCGACCGCAUCUGAAGCUUUACCUCGAAAGGUCGCAGAGAGUGUAACAAACGAAAACUGCUCACCGAGAAACAUUCUGCGAAAUGGUGCAACAUUGCUAAAGAAGCAAGAGAUCUUAGGUCUCGCCUACAGAAACAAACAUAUAUUACGCAGCACGGUUUUUACCCUGGGUGACACAUUGGACGAGACGAGGCAGCUCGUCGUGAAGAGAAGCGUGGCGUCAUAGAAUUUCACGUCGUUGGGAACUGGCUGCGAGGACAGCUCUCUCAAAAGAAUAUUAUGUGGUUGAUUGGCUUGACAAAAAGUAUUUUCAUAUCAACUAACGCGAAUGCCGAAAGAAUAUAUGACGAGAUUGGUUUUGAUCA